AUGCACGGAACACUCAGCCCCAAGACCGACGAUGCCAAAAGCAAGAAUUUGGCAAGUCAAUUCAAAGUACUUUUCCAUCUCGGUGAGGGUGCCUUUGGUACUGUCAGAUUGGCCUUGCACCUGACAACCAAGGUGAUGGUCGCCGUCAAAUCGAUAGAAAUCACCAAGAAGUCCGAGAGAAUCAUCCUGGCAGAACGCGCAGCGUUGGAGACCUUAAACCAUCCGAACAUCAUCCGCCUCUUCCAGGUCCUGAUAACACCAAGCCACGUUAAUUUUAUACUCGAAUACGCUCCGGGAGGGAACUUAUCUGAUUUAACAGAGGAGAAUGGCCCACUGCAGGAGGCAGAGGCAAAGAAAAUAUUUGGUCAAGUAGUGUCUGCAGUAAAGUAUUGCCACAACAAUGACUUUAUUCACAGAGACAUUAAACCACAGAAUAUCCUCAGGGACGCGGAGGGUAACGUCAAGUUGACAGACUUUGGGCUGGCCACCAAGAUCAGGCCUGGCAGCUUCCUGAAACGGAGGUGUGGGACCAAGGUCUUUUAUGCCCCAGAACUCGUACUAGGGGAGGCUUACGACAGCAGGAAAACCGAUGUGUGGAGUUUGGGCGUGCUGCUUUAUUUCAUAAGCACUUCGUACUACCCCUUUACAGGAAACAGCGUGAAGGAGAUAGAAGAAAAUAUCGCCACAGGGACCUAUCACAUUCCACCUUACUUCUCUGGUCACCUUGAAAAUCUAAUCCACCAGAUCCUUACUGUUGCCCCAGAGAUGAGGCCCUCCGUCGAAGAUAUUGAAGAACAUCCCUGGAUACUAAAGGCUGAAGUAAACAUCCCCACUGACUCCUAUCCAGACUGCGACAUCGUAGACAGGCUCCGUGUCAUGGGGUUUAAUGCCAACGAGAUUUUGGAGUCGCUGCACAAGAGAAAGUUUGAUGAAAAAAUGGGGACCUAUUUGCUUUUACAAGAACAGGUACGCCUAGGAAUCGAGACUAUACCUACAGGUUCAGCCAAGCCUGUCAAUCCGUGCCCUACGCCACCCCCAUCGCCAGCACAUGCCUCUAGCCCUGGCCUUCCCCUCAAAAGAAGAGCCAGUGAACCCAACUCUGGCCUCCUCCACAUAAGGCCCUCAGGACAGCUGCGACCUGAUGCCCUGGCAUUAUCAGGGCACAUAGUGGCCAGAAGUGUCUCCUUGCCGCUGGCCCUCCAUUUUCCAAAAAAGAAGAGCCCUGCUUCUGCCUCUGCCCCUGCCCUCCACUCUGGAGCCGUGGCUGCCGCGUGUCUUUUCGACACCAUCACCGCGGAAGACAAAACACACUUGCCCCCUGAGCAAAGCUGGUCUGUGGAACCACUGCAUCCCCCUGUGAAGAGCGGGCGUUUCAAACGCUUUCGAAAAAGAAUCAGGGAUUGCCUGUGGAGACUUUGUUGCAUCCCCGGGCUCCAAACACAAAAACCCAGUGUACAUCCUCCUAGAACGUGGCUCCCCUGGAAGAGGUUGGAUGAUGAACCCAAUGAACGGAUAGAUGUGCUUUACCGUAAGAAGUUGCAGAAUGUGGCUACCUGGAAAACCAACCAAAAGCUUCUGUAUGCCAUUCAGGAGGGCACUAUCAAUAAGACAAGGGGCCUCAUCUGCAUCAUCUCAAGCAUCUGUAGUAUGGAGUUCUGGCACACACGGUGUGAGCCUCUCCCUACCCUGGUUGACAUCAAGUGUGAUGUGAAGAACCUGAAGGAUCAGAGGCUGUACCAGUACAUGCUGGAGAAGUACCUGACUGGACUAGGGAGUGUGAACCUCGGCCUUGGCCUACACAUGUGCUGUUCUCCUUCCUUGGAUGACACUGCACACCUGCCCAGGAUUUUGCUGAGGCCCCGCCCCCGCGGCCUGCUGCACCCUGAGACCCACCGGCGGGGCAGGCCCGGGCGCUGUGCCUUCGCUCCGCUCCCUCUGCGCCCUCACGCGGUCCGCAGGCUGCGCUGGGUCGCUGAGGGCCCGGCAGGCAGACCUGGCGCCAGGACUAGGCCUGCGCUGCCCUGGGUGAAGGCGCUAGGUGAGCUGCUCAACUCUGCGCAGCUGCGGCGGCUGGAGGAGGACCGUUACCGCGGUGUGGGAGAGUCGCUGUUCCAGCCGCCACUGUGGCUUUACUGGACUUGGCUGCUCCGAUGGAUCCCGCUCUGGAUGGCCCCCAACACCAUCACCCUCAUCGGCCUUGCCAUCAACCUGGUCACCACACUAGUGCUCAUCUUCUGCUGCCCCACGGUCAAGGAGGAGGUAGGGCUGGCCUUUUGUCAGUACUGUUCCCUGGAGCCCUGGGGCCUCCUUCUGAGAGGGCAACACUAUAGGCAUUGGUGGAGCAUGGAGACCCUGUGUAGGAGCAUCCUCUAG